CUCGCAAACCCCACACAACUCGCAAGCAUGUCCGUCGGCCAGAAGAUCCCUGACACGAAGAUGAUGGAGGUCGAGUGGGACGACUCGCUCGUCGACUCGGGCGCGUGCGGCAAGCCGAGCGCCUUCCAGACGCAUGAGAAGUGGGCCGGCAAGAAGGUCGUCGUCAUCGCCGUGCCCGGCGCGUUCACGCCGACCUGCCACGCCAACCACAUUCCUGACUUCGUGAAGCAGGCCAACGACUUCGCCAGCAAGGGCUACGAGGUCUACGUCAUUGCCGCCAACGACCCCUUCACCAUGUCGGGCUGGCGCACGGCCCUCGGCGCCAAGGGCGAGCUGCACUUUGCGUCGGACAUCGACAUUGCCUUCUCCAAGGCGCUCGGCUCGACGGCCGACCUCUCGGCCAUGGGCUUCGGCAUGCGCACGGGCCGCUACGCCGCCGUCAUCGACGACCUCGUGCUCAAGUCGUUCGACGCCGAGUCGUCGCCCGGCGAGGUCAACGUGUCGAGCGCCAAGUCGGUGCUCGGCAAGCUCUAAGCUGCUCUGCUCUGC